AUGAGCGUCGACAUAGACACCAAUAACAACAAGUCAGGCGUGCGAUACGACAGACUAAAACUAGUUGGCCAACGAGCAGUAGAGAGAGUGCUAAACAAGUCAUUGACCGCUGACCAAGUCAACUCCUGCUACAAGGACAUUGCCAACACAGAGUUGGGUCCCGAAGUGUUGAACAUCGGCACGAGCCAACUACGCACGUACUUGAACGAGGAAGCUUUGGCUGAAUUUGACCAGAUUUACGAAGAAAAUGACUUGUUUGUGAAACUUAAUGAACUAGAUGAAAUUAUCGAGGCGGCUCAGUCGAGGGAAGUUGAGAAAUCAGAGGCUCCCGAGUCUCAGCCGGUGUUUUUCGACCAUCUCUCGCCUUCUCAAGUGAUUGACGCCAUCACGGUUAGUAAGAGCGAGGGCGUCCUAAGCCGGAUGAGGGAGGUUUAUUUCAAGCUCGUUUCGGAGAAUGACGAGUUGGCGGAAACGUUGCGUGGUUUUAGAGAUCAUGCCGAUAGUGUCAGCUCCGACAUUCAAAAUCUUUUGGGGCUCAUAAAAGACCAAGCCGAUUCCGUACAGGCUGGACCCGUGGACAUUGACGACAUCCUUCAACUCAAAGACAGUGAAUCUAAUCAAUAA